AGAGUCACGAGUAAAUAGGACUCAUAAUUAGUUUAAUUUUUGUAUAAGUUUUCAUGACGUAAUUUGUAAAAGUUAUAAACGUUUUCUACGAUGAGUGACGCGAAAUCCUUCGUCAGUUUCUCUUGUCAGCGAUGUCUGCAGCCUUUGAAGCUAGACGAGUCUCUAAACAACCUGGGGGAGCACACUAUAGCCGAUUUGACGCUUCAAAUACGUCGUAAUAAUGAAACUGAUUUGGACUUGCAAUCUUCUUCUUUGGAGCAUUAUGUACCUCCUUUUCGUAUGACCGAAUCGGGUAAUGGGGCCAAUGGAUUCAUGGUUAUCUCCGACGGAUGGGAAACUACUUCUCAAGGUCACCAGUUGCACGUAAAAGCGACACUAUUUGAUUUGUUAUCGAACAAUUCUGACGUGGAUCAUCCCCUGUGUGAUGAGUGUACCGACACGCUGCUAGAAUUAAUGGAUAAUCAUUUAAGGCAGACAGAGGCCGAAUGGAAGGACUACAGUGACUAUUUAAAAAAGUUGGAAGAUGACAAAGAGGAUUUGAAUUUAGAAGGAUUGGAAAAAGAAUUGGAUGAUUGGAAACAGGAACAAAGCAGGCUUUUGCAGGAAUUGUCCGCAUUACAAAAAGAAGAGAAAGCUAUGAAAGAUGAAAUAGCUAUACAGGAGACAGAAAAAGAAAGGCUACAAAAGGAAGAGGAUAUAUACUGGCGUGAAUAUACAAGAUAUAGAAAGGAUGUAAUGACUACAGAAGAUCAAAUGAAGUUCUAUGAAUGUCAACUGGCAUACACUCAGACUCAAUUAGAAAAGCUAAAAAAGACAAAUGUGUUUAAAGCUACGUUUCACAUCAGCGAUUCAGGCCAGUUUGGCAUUAUAAAUAACUUCCGUUUAGGACGUUUACCAACUGCACCCGUAGAUUGGUCUGAAAUCAAUGCAGCUUGGGGACAAACCGUUCUCCUGCUGUCUUCCUUGGCGAGGAAAAUUAAUUUCUGCUUUCAACGAUAUCGUCUUGUUCCGUAUGGAAAUCAUUCGUACAUAGAAGUUUUAGAAGAUCAAAAAGUCCUGCCUUUAUAUGGUUCUGGAGGAUUCCGUUUUCUAUGGGACACUAAAUUUGAUGCCGCAAUGGUAGCAUUCUUAGAUUGCCUCCAACAGUUUAAAGAACAAGUUGAGAAGGGAAAUACUGGAUUUUGUCUGCCUUACAGGAUAGAUAAGGGCAAAAUUGAAGACACUGCAUCACCUCCACAUGCAUAUUCGAUUAAAAUACAAUUUAAUUCUGAAGAGCACUGGACUAAAGCACUAAAAUACAUGCUUACCAAUUUGAAAUGGGCCUUAACUUGGAUAUCAUCACAAUUCAUUGAGGACAAACCUGAGAAUCAAAUUAUUUAAUUCUUUAUAUCUGUGAUAUUAAAAUGUUUUUUUAUAGACCAAUUUGUAAAUAGAUUGAAAUUAAUAGCUUAAUAGUAGUGUCUAGCUAUGGAAUAAAUA